GGCCACCAGAGGGCGCCGAGCGGCCGGUGGCCCCGGGCGGCGAUGGCGGAGGCGCGGGUGCUGCUGCUGCUCUCGGGGCGCCCGCGGCCGGCGGGCUUCGCGCAGAGCGUGUGCGGCCUCCUGGGCGCCGGGGCCGGGGCCGGGCCGUGGCCCACACACUGCGGCCUGCGGCGCGGGCAGCUGCUCCUCUCGGCCGGGCCGUUCCCCGGCGCCACGGCCAGGCUCCCGCUCCAGCGCCCCGCCUUCUGCCCCUUCGCGGCCCUGGACCGGCAGCCCCCGCCGCCGGGAGCCGAGCUGCCCGCGAGCCGCGGCGUGGACCUGGGCGUGGCCGUCGUCCUGCAGUCCAGCGACCAGACGGUCUUGUUGACACGAAGGACACGCACCCUCCGCGUUUCCCCCAACCUCUGGGUGCCCCCAGGCGGCCACGUGGACCCCGGCGAAGCGCUGCUGGACGCGGGCCUCCGCGAGCUUUGGGAAGAGAGUGGACUGCAGCUGCCCCGGGGCCAGUUCUCGUGGGUCCCCCUGGGGUUAUGGGAGUCCGCCUACCCUCCCAGGCUGAGCUGGGGUCCCCCCAGAUACCAUCACGUCGUUCUCUACCUCCUGGUGGUCUCCCAGGAGUCGCAGCAGCAGCUGCAGUGGGUAGGUUGUGAUCAGAGCAGGCCUCCUGCCAGAGGCCAUGAUAAGGGACCCACAUGUCUGGCCCCAGGCCCGGAUCCAGCCAAACCCAAGCGAGGUGAGCGCCUUCCUGUGGCUGGGCCCCGAGGUAGCAGCUGCCGUGGCCGCCUCGGAGGGUGGGACAGAGGGGCCCCGACCUCUCUCCCAGGACCUGCCACCCUCAGUCGUUGCCAUGGAACUGGAGGAGGGAGAAGUCCGACCUCUGGCCCUGCCCAUGUCCACACUGCUGCAGACGACCCCGGCCACGGCAGAAGGCAAAGAGAGGGUCAGCACUGGGACCAAGUUUGCCCUCAGGCUCUGGCUGCAACACCUGGGCAGGGUGAUGCCCCAACCAUGUGCAACUGGAGCUCGUGUGGACCCUGGGCCUGCAAAGGAAGAAGAGAACGUGGACCCCCUCCCCCCAAACCAGGGACCUGGAAAACCAAGUGCAUAAGCCCCUCCCCAGCCCACCUCUAUGACACAGAAGAUUCACAACCUUUAUUAUGGGUAAGAACUUUGCUACAACUUUGGAAAUAAAAAGUAAAAUUACAACAGAGGUCCUAGGCCCUGGAGGAGCCUGAAAAAGGAGACUGGGGACAACACCAGGGUCCUCCCACCUCCCAGGAAAGGUGCAGAGUCAGCCAGACCUCACCACAGGCUGCGGGCCUUUGGAGGCUCGGGCGCUGGGCUGGUCAGCGUGAGAAACACUGUGAACUUAAAUAUAUAAAUAGAGCCCCAGGCAUCGGCCGGGCCCUGCUCCCAGACUCCUGGGUCAGGGCUAAGGCCUUGUCUCCGCCUCAGGGAGACACACUGGGAAGCAGGAGGCGGGGGAAGUCGUCUUUGGAUGUAUUUUGGUUUUCCUUGUUUAUGUACAAAAAAUCUACAACCCAAAAUAGAGUUCUCUGUCCAUGUGUC